AUGCCAAUGGCAUUCUGCAUGGUUGAAUCUGGUGUGAAAGUGGAAGGGUUUGGGUACUUGGAGGAUACAUGGGUAGAGGAGGAGUUUGCUAGGUGCGAAUGUGAGUUGUGCGAGUAUUGGAGACGCGGAAGAAGACAUCGUCUUGGAACAUUAGCCAUUGGGAUAGUCUUGCCGGUAAUAUGGUUUUUUGAGCUGUUUCACUUGCUACGUCGGUUGUGUACCGACCCUGUGUUAAGAGCGACCAAUCGUGUCUCGAUGUAUUAUACAGGAGAUAGUCAUAUGGAUUACCACAACAGAACAAGAGACGAAUUAUGGUCUUGGUUGGGUCAUGAUACGAUAGCAAUACUUAUUGAGAUAUUGAUGGUGGUGGUGUUGGUCAUAUCUGUUCAAGCAGGGCCAAUGGAUGGAACUUUUCUCAUUAAGUAG